AUGACAGAUAUUAAGUCAUUUUUCCACGAGUGGUGCACUAAAAACAAAGUUGAUCCGCAAUAUAGCGUGAGAGCUACCGGUCCUAAGCACCGGCAACGUUUUCUAUGUGAAGUUCGAAUUAAUGGUUUGCCCUAUGUGGCUGUGGGCAAUUCGACAAAUAAAAAAGAUGCCGAACGUAAUGCUUCAAGAGAUUUUGUAAAUUUUCUUGUCCGUAGUGGCAAAUUGAAUCCAAGUGAUGUACCAGCUGAUGCCGGCGUUGCGGCUGCACCAGCUCCCGAAGUAAUGUCAAAUGCCGGGGGAAAUAGUUUCGGAGGAGGAGGCGGUAAUCAAAAUCGCGUGUUUGAUCAAAAUUCUGGGCCACAAGAGUUGGGUCAGGCAUAUCGCCCUAUUGAUAAUCGUCGUGAUUACAAUCCAAUUGAUCGGGCACAGGAACAACUGGACAUGAAAGAGGCCGAAUCGAUUGAUGUAAAUGCAGCUAUACAUGGUAACUGGACCAUCGAAAAUGCCAAGGCGAAACUUCAUCAAUUCAUGCAAAUGAACAAAAUAACUGCUGAUUAUAAGUACACACCAGUUGGUCCUGAACAUGCAAGGAGCUUUAUGGCUGAAAUGCAUAUUUAUGUUAAUCAACUGAGACGUACAAUUACGGCUCGAGAGACAGGAUCAAACAAGCAGUCAGCUAGCAAAUCGUGUGCACUGUCGCUGGUUCGUCAGCUUUAUCACUUGGGUGUGAUUGAGGCUUUUACUGGUACUCUGAAACAGCGUAAAGACGAUGAAGAGCUAACGCCCUACCCGGUUAAGGUAGCACCCGAGCUCCAACAGAGAAUCGAGGAAGUCAUUAAUGAAAUGAACUUACCAGUUAUUAAUAUAAAUAAUAUUAAACCUGACCCAGAGACAAACAUUAUAAGUUUGCAAGUAAAUACAAACAAAGAAGUUAAUCGUCAGCGCAACGAUAACCAGCAAAUGGUCGCUUCAAUUGUACCAUGGGCUCCACCCCAGCCAAAUUGGAAUGCAUGGAAUGCCUGUAACAUUGAUGAAGGUUACCUAGCCACUGCAUCCCUAGAUGAUUUGUGUAAAGACUUGGAAAACGCCGCCAAAGAAAAACGUCAAUUCAAUACGGAAUAUCAAAAGUUUUUGGAAUUUCGACAAAAACUACCAAUCGCUGCUAUGCGUAAUGAAAUCAUGGAUGCCAUUAAUGACAAUCCAGUGGUUAUUAUUCGCGGUAACACAGGUUGUGGUAAGACCACACAAAUUGCCCAGUAUAUUCUAGAAGAUUAUAUUUCAUCUGGCCAGGGUGCCUAUUGUAAUAUUUAUGUAACUCAACCUCGUCGUAUAUCAGCCAUAUCGGUGGCCGAGCGUGUGGCUAAUGAAUCUUGUGAAAAUUUAGGAGAAUCUGUCGGUUAUUCAGUACGUUUUGAAUCAACCAUGCCACGGCCUUACGGCGCCAUUCUAUUUUGCACUGUUGGUGUGCUAUUGCGCAAACUGGAGGCAGGUCUGCGAGGCAUUUCUCACAUCAUUGUCGAUGAAAUUCACGAACGUGAUGUUAACAGUGAUUUCCUUUUGAUCAUUCUUCGCGAUAUGGUUCAUACUUAUCCUGAUUUGCGCAUCAUUCUCAUGUCUGCUACAAUUGAUACCACACUUUUCUCCGAGUACUUUGGCAAUUGCCCAGUCCUGGAAGUCCCUGGACGCGCAUAUCCUGUUCAGCAAUUUUUCCUUGAAGAUUGCGUUGAAAUGACGAAGUUUGUACCACCACCAGACUCGCGCAAAAGAGGCAAGGAUAAGGAUGACGAAGAAAGUGCAAUUCUCACGGAAAAUGGUGAAGAUCCUUCUGACCAAAAUCUAAAUAAAGUCGUUGACAACUCAUAUUCGCAACAAACUAAGACCACCAUGGCGGCAUUGUCCGAGUCCGAGUGUUCAUUUGAAUUAAUUGAGGCAUUGUUGUCACAUAUCAAAUCCAAGAACAUUCCUGGAGCUAUAUUGGUAUUCUUGCCCGGUUGGAAUUUAAUUUUUGCCCUGAUGAAAUUUUUGCAAAAUUCAAGUCAGUUUGGUGGUCCCCAAUACCGUAUUUUGCCAUGCCAUUCACAAAUUCCUCGAGAAGAUCAACGCAGAGUUUUCGAGCCUGUACCCGAUGGCGUGACCAAGAUUAUCUUGUCAACAAAUAUUGCCGAAACCUCCAUUACCAUAGAUGACAUAGUGUUUGUCAUUGAUUUGUGCAAAGCUCGAAUGAAAAUGUUCACCUCACACAACAAUCUUACCAGUUAUGCCACCGUCUGGGCCAGUCGCACGAAUUUGGAACAGCGCAAGGGUCGAGCUGGUCGUGUACGUCCCGGUUUCUGUUUUACUCUUUGCUCAAAGGCACGUUAUCAGGCUUUAGAAGAGUAUUUGACACCGGAAAUGUUCCGUACUCCAUUGCAUGAGAUGGCUCUGACCAUCAAGUUAUUGCGCUUGGGUACCAUACAUCAGUUCUUGUCGAAGGCUUUGGAACCACCACCAUUGGAUGCUGUAAUCGAAGCUGAAGUAUUGUUGCGUGAUAUGCGUUGUCUGGAUAGCAAUGAUGAAUUGACUCCUUUGGGUCGUAUCUUGGCUAGACUGCCCAUUGAACCGAAGUUGGGCAAAAUGAUGGUGUUGAGUACAGUGUUUGGUUGUGCUGAUAUUACCGCUACCAUGGCUUCAUAUUCCAGUACAUUUUCUGAAAUCUUUGCAUUGGAAAUGGGCCAGAGACGCUUGCAGAAUCACCAAAAAUCCCUAGGUGGCAAUAAGUGCUCGGAUCACGUGGCUAUGAUCGUGGCAAAACAAAUGUGGGAAUCAGCCCGCCGUAAGGGAGACGAUGAAGAGAUACGUUUCUGUGAGUGGAAGGGUUUGCAAUUAUCCACUAUGCGAGUGUUGGCUGAAGCCAAAAAUCAACUCUUGGACUUGCUUGUGCAAGCUGGAUUCCCUGAAGAAUGCAUGAUUUCCACGCAUGUUAAUUCCAAUUCCGAUGAUCCCCUUUUGGAUGUAUCUAUCGCAUUGUUAUGUAUUGGUCUAUACCCGAAUAUUUGUUAUCACAAAGAAAAGCGCAAAGUCUUGACCACAGAAUCCAAGGCAGCUCUUAUUCACAAGACAUCAGUUAAUUGCAGUAAUUUGGCAGUAACAUUCCCAUAUCCUUUCUUCAUCUUCGGCGAAAAGAUUCGCACACGCGCUGUAUCCUGCAAGCAAAUGACUAUGGUGUCGCCAUUACAUUUGCUUUUAUUCGGAAGUCGCAAAAUUGAUUUGGUUAAAGAUAAUAUUGUGCGCGUUGAUAACUGGCUUAACUUCCAAAUGGAUCCUCAUUUGGCCGCAACGUUGGCAGCUUUAAAACCUGCCAUUGAAGAUCUAAUAACAAAGGCAUGUGAUGAACCUUCAGAGAUCCUUAACUUAAGCGAGACAGAGGGGAAAUUAGUGCAGGUUAUAAAAGAUUUGUCGGUAAUGACAGCCGGCGAUUACGAGAUACAGCGUGAAAAGGGUAUAAUGCCUUUCCAAAGUCGUGGACCACCACGAGGAGGAGGGGAUGAUGCAGGUCCCAAUAAGCGUGGUCGCUUUGAUGGAGGUGGUUUUGGUGGUGGUAGCGGCGGUGGAUUCGGGGGAGGACGCAGUGGUGGCUUCGGAAAUGGUGGUGGCAGCUUUGGAGGUGGACGCAGUGGUGGCGGUUAUGGAGGUGGUGGCGGUUAUGGUGGUGGACGCAGCGGUGGUUAUGGCAGUGGUGGCGGUUAUGGAGGUGGUGGACCGAAUUGGAAUCGGGGAGGUUACGGAAAUCGUCGAUUUUAA